AUGGCUCGGAGGGCCCAGGAAAAGGAGGCCUUGGAGGGCUUGGCUUCCAAAUGGGAGGCAUGCCAGCUUACCCGACGUCGCUUGUUGCUGGACAGCUUCUUGCUAAAGUGGCCCAGGCCUGAACUUACUGGUGUUCCUUCGUACCAAAGUGCCUCGCUAAACUUUAACACCUUGGAACCCCUGUUCCGUAUGUGGGCGGCAAGCAUGACAUCUCCAAAGACACCAAAAGUGAAAAAGGUUUGGGAGCUCGUCGGCCAGAAAUCCACCAAGGGAGAGGUUCAAUGCGACGAUGGUGCAGCUGAUGCACUCGAACAAGAUGAUGAGGACUACGAGCCAGAGUCCCCGAAUGAUGAUCUAGGGGAGGACGUUGUGCCUUUCAUAAAUGGUCGACUAGAUGAGCAGGAUGAAGCAGAGCUUGAGGUUUCGGGGGCACCCGAUGGUUCCAGUUCGGCUGUGAAUGAGGAUUCCAGUGCAAAGCAACUUACAGCAGAGGUCGUCCACGCAGGCAAUGCAGGGGCUGCUGAGAGUGAGGAUGCCAAUGCAAAGCAAACUGUAGCAGAGGUCGCCCACGCAGGCAGUGCAGGGGCUGCUGAGAAUGAGGAUUCCAAUGCAAAGCAACCUAUAGCAGAGGUCUCGGGGCACGCUGAGAAUCAGGAUUCCAGUGCAAAGCAACCUGCAGAGGUCUCGGGGCUCAUAGCUGGCAACAGUGCUGUCCUGACGUCGAUGGCUGAAGCAUCUGCGCAACCUGAGUUGAUUGUUUGUUCGGACGAUGAAGAGGUCCCUAGGCCUAGGCGACCUAUUCCCACACCAGUCCGAGCUGGGCUACCUGUGUCACGUGAAGAGCGUCUGCAAAGCCUCAAGCGCAAACUGUUGGAACUGAAGCAAAAGAAGGAGAAUGUCAACAAGACCAGCUUCCGUCGUGGUGGUCCCCCUCACGAUGAUCCCAGUCGCGUGGAGACCCAAGCUUUCGACAUCGAUGCAGCGGCUCAGAGCUGGGAGGAGGUCCCGAACCAGGUGGAUCCAGAGCCGGUGGACCUGCAAGCAGUCGCAGCCGCCGGGGAAGUUCUGACAAAGGAAAAGCAGGAUGCUAUGUUGACAGAGACCAAAGCCAAGGAGGAUGAGAAACCGGGUCACGGCCGGGGAGGGACCAAGGGUGCCAAGGAGAAUGGAUCGACAGCCGAGGUGACCGAAGCCCAGCUCCCCGAGGCCAAACAAACGAGGACCAAGGCUGCAAAGAAGCAAAACUCGGAAGCUAGGAAGGAGCAAGCAGUGGAAGCUGACGUGUCGACCGAAGCCCAGCCUGCCAAGGCCAGGAGGACCAAUGCGGCGGCCAAAGCGCCCGCCAAGAAAGCCGCUGCACAGGACAAUGCACCGGAAGCCGCUGUGGCGGAGACCGAAGCCCAGCCCGCCAAGAGGCGCAAGGUUGCCAAGGAGAGUGUACCGGAAGCCGAGUUAACCCAGUCCAAGGGACAACAGCAGGCAUCCGGGUCACAACCGAAAAAGUCCAGGAAGAACGAUGCCCAGGACUCGAACGCGGGGAUUCGGGGCACAGUGGCUGCCAAGGACGGCAAUGGGUCGGGCGUCGACAAGAAAGCUGCACGCAAGGCCAUCCGAGAUGGGUUGGACAUGCCGGUGUAUUGCUUUGUCGACAUCGAUCUAUUUAAGUCGCAAUGCAAUGGGAGUGUUCUCUACUUGUGUUACAAGGAUGUGCCCGAGCACACUGCGAUGAUAACGAUCUGGAAGUUCAUCAGACGAGCUGACCUGGUGGAGAAGGCGAAGGCCAACAUGACGCCAGCACUUGAAGCAAAGCUGGCAGGGAUAAAGGAUCAGUUUGCUAACAGGGCCGAGGUCUAG